AUGACCUUCAAUCUACCCAACGGCUUCAAGCCACCCGACAUCAGUCUACCUCGUACACAGACCGCUAUAGUCCAGGACAACGCUGGAAAGGCUAUUGUGACUCACGAUGCAUCGAUCCCAAAGCUAGAGCCUGAUAUGGUACUCGUGAGAGUCACAGCUGUCUCGAUCAACCCAUGCGAUUGGAAAAUGCCCGCCAAAUUUCCGACCCCCGGUGCGAAGAUCGGAUGUGACUUCAGCGGCGUUGUGAUAGCUAUCGGACCAGAUGUGUUGAGAACUUCACAUGACAUAGCGCUGGGUGAUCGGGUUUGUGGUGGCGUGCACGGCUCCAACCCUAUAGACACGCAGACUGGUGCCUUUGCACAAUACGUAGCAGCAUACGGGGAUCUGUUGCUCAAGCUCCCCGACCAUAUCGAUCACGUAUCGGGGGCUGUGUUAGGUGCCAGUGUUAUCUCGACGUUGAGCAUUGUUCUUCAUUCAGCAUUGAGACUUGAGGGGACACUGGAAAAGCCUGUUCACCCUGACAAGAACUCAGGUUUGUAUGUGCUGGUCUAUGGGGGCAGCACUUCCACAGGGACUAUGGCGAUCCAGCUUCUGAAGUUGUCUGGUUAUAAGCCGAUAACGACAUGUUCACCGAGGAACAACGAUCUGGUUCGCUCAUUCGGUGCCGAAGCAGUAUUCGACUAUCGCUCGCCAUCGUGUGCCGACGAUAUCAGAACGUUCACGUCACGUUCACUGUCCCGAGUCCUGGACGUCAUCACUGAUGCUCGUUCUCAGAUCAUUUGCGGAAACGCUUUCGGUCGUACGGGGGGCUCAUAUACUGUGCUGGAGCUGCCGGACCCAGAUAGUCCGAUCGCGCACAAGAGAACCGUUGACACGCAAAUGGUUGUUGGUCUUGCUGCUACAGGCAAGCAAAUUGCGCUCGAUCAUGGUUAUGAGAGGGCGGCGGAUCCGCAACUCAGACAACAAGCAGCAAAGAACUUCAGCGCGGUACAGAUACUCAUGGAUAACGGGCAGCUUCGUAUCCAUCCUGCUCGAGUGGUGCCUGGUAGCUUCCAAGGAAUCGUUGAAGGUCUCAAGAUCCUCAGCGAGAAGGCAACAAGCGGGGAGAAACUUGUAUGUUUCGUUGACGAAAGGGAGGAGGCUUUGCACCUUGACAGACUCUAG